CUGCUGCCGGGAGGAAAGAUGAAUGGAAGGACUGAUUUUGGGACAGAGCAGAAUGCAGAAGUCUCACCACCACUCUCUAACAUAGGAAUGGAUUAUACUCCAAUGGUAGAGGAAAGAAGAGUCUUCGUUGAAUGUAAUCAAGACAGCUUCUGGUACAGAUCUGUUCCCUUUUCUGCAACAAGUAUGUUGGUUACUCAGGGAUUAAUUGCUAAAAGAAUUCUUUCCAGUCACCCCAAAUAUGGUUCUGUCCCUAAACUAGUAUUGGCUUAUAUAAUGGGAUACUUUGCUGGAAAAUUUUCCUAUGUGAAAACCUGCCAAGAGAAGUUUAAAUGGUUUGAAAAUUCUCCUCUUGGAGAAGCUCUGAAUCUGGCUCAGGGACGUCGACUCGCAUCACCUGGAUAUUUUUCACAAAAGCCACGAUUUGAGUCAAAAAUCUCUAAGCAUUCAUCUUUUGGAACAUCUCCCACACCUGAAAGCAGUACAAAAGAAGGUCCUUUUUCUCGUUAGGAACCAAUCCCCUUCAGUGCUUCCAUGAAUGAAUCAACUCCUACUGGUAUUACUGAUCCUAUUGCCCAAG